CAACAGGCCGCGUAUUGCUGCGUACAUAUUUCGCUGGCGAAUUUUCAACAGGCUAACGACAGACUAUUCUGUAUUGAAUUUAUUAAUUAAAUUCAAUAAAAAUAAAUUAAAUUCAAUUAAUUAAAGUAAAUAAGAAAAAUUUAAUAGGAAUAUCAUUAUGGAGUUAAGUGGCAAAAAUGUGAUAUACGAAGGCGGCUUUGGCGGUAUUGGGCAGUGUUGUUUGAAGGAAUUCCUGGCCAAGGGAGUGCAGAAUUUAGCUAUUUUUGAUCUAAAAGAAAAUGCAGAACUUUUGGAAAGUUUACAAAAAUCGUAUCCCAAUGCGAAUAUUUUCUUUGUGCAAUUCGACAUCACUAAAAAGGAGAGUAUUGCAGCGGCCUUUGAAGUAGCUGUCGAGAAAAUGGGUCAUUUUGAUUUGCUCGUGCAUGGAUGUGGCAUGAUGGAUGACAAUCACGUUGAACUGAUGAUUGAUAUUAAUUUUAAAGGUCUGGUCCUUAGCACUUUUGCCGCUCUACCCUACAUGGAUAAAUCAACUGGUGGUCGCGGUGGCGUCAUUAUAAAUAUCUCAUCUGUAGCUGGGUUGGAACCACUUGCAGGUCUUUCGAUUUAUUCAGCAGCAAAGCAUGGUGUGACGUCAUUUACACGUUGUAUGGCGCAUCCCAGGUACCUGGAGCAUCAUGGCGUUAGUUUCAUCACCAUAUGUCCAGGCAUCACAGAGACAGAACUCGUGGUGAAUCCAGGCCAGAAGGCAACAUUCGCAUUCGCCGCAAUUCUAGCUGGGUGUUUAGACGAUGCUUCUCGCCAAAGUCCCAAAAUCUGCGCUCAGAAUUUGGUAAAACUUGCUGAGACUGGUAAAAAUGGUGGCGUCUACAUGCUUGAUUUGGGCGAAAUCAAAAAAGUCACAUUCCCAGUUAUGUGGACACCGGUUUUUAAGUCGUGAAAUCUAAAAUUAUAUUGGAAUAAAUGAAAAUCAACACAAUUUUAAAGUGAUUAAGCGCAUUUUUUGCAGUCAAAAUGAUUUGCUUGCAAUACAUAGCCAUAAUAAAAUGGUUCUUACGUUUAUUCAUACAUAAAUACAUA